AUGGCGGAACAAGACCAGGAUGACCGCCAGCCAGAUCAACGCCCGCCAGCGUAUACCGGACCUUUCCUAUUUGUUAACAAGAACGCCACAAAUCUUAGGUCCAGGCAGAGGGAGGAGGUGUUUGCAGUGCGGAGCCAUGCCAUGCAGAUUGCCAGGCGAUCGAGGAAACCAUCGUCCCAGACCAAAGCAACGCAGCGCGAAAGCCAGGCACAGCCCGAGUCAGCGACACCUGCAAGUCCGGUAGCUCAAACCGCUGUUCCCAGUCCGACAACCGAGCCAAUUCCAUCGAUCCAAGACAUUUUGGAGCAGCAGGCGAGAGGAGUACUCCAAUAUCAGCAGAGGCAGUCUCAGAGACGCCAGCCAGACCAAUCCCGAGGCCAGUCAGCCACGCAUGAAUUCCCAGCCUUGUCCUCCAGACCCUCGACUCUCCCGUUGUCGACUUCCAAUCUUCUUCCAGCUGAAUAUGCCGCCUCUUUAGCGCAACUGAGCACCGCUGCAUCGCCCGCCUCGCUGAUUCCAGCCGGCGCAGCAGACCCCAAUGUGGCCGGACCAUUGUCUCCUGACACUUUUUUCAACUCGGUCCUGCAGUUCUGGCGACUGUGCUACAUGUCCAACUUUUGGCCCGCACACAUCUACUUCAACCCUUCACACACAGCGGUCCAGUUCACCGACGGCUGGAUUCGAAACAUGGUCAUCAAUAAUCCGGCCAUGCUGCACGGCCUUUUUUCCGGCGCGCUCAGUUACAUCACAAACUAUCUUCCUCCCACCGACAACACACCGAUGCUGUGGGCUAGGGCCAUCCAUCAUUAUGGAAAAUGUCUUGAAGAAACCCGGGUUCAGCUCGCCCAACCAGGUAUCAGUUCUGAAGCAGCUCUGAGUCUGAUUCAUGGAAUGACAACGUUCAGUUUUCACUGCCAAGACCUGGAGAGCUGCCAGGUCCAUUGUGCGGCUUCAAUGCGGCUCCUUCGAGGUCUUGAAGGGGGGCUUGACGCGUUGCAUCCAGUGCUCAAGUACCUUUUGAUACUUUGCGACUCGCUUACAGCAAGCCAUGUCCCAAGACGUCCGUCGAUGGACCUUGAGACCUGGGCACCUAAGGCAUGGUCAGAAGAGCCAUCGUUACGACCACUUGAUCAUCUGUUCAGCUUUGACGCUCAUGUCUAUGGGGACACGGACAAUGCAAUAUUUCUCCAGACCGAGCACGGCGAGGACAAUGACGAUAUUUGGCAUCUCUUGGAGCUGAUUAAUUGGCAUCGCGAAGCAUUGGCGGCAAAUGAGUUGGCCUUCGCCCUUGCAGACACAUCGAGCUCUCCGAACAUCUCCGAAUCUGUUGGCGAAGGUGGUCAGGACCGCGCCGAUCCGAUAUAUACAUGGCUUUCGCUGCGUCAAUACGCCUUGAGCUGUCUCUCGUCGCACAAGUAUAUGGACUUCCUGGAGUUGGAGGGCCACGAACCGUCGCUGCUGUCACAGAUACGCUAUGCUUUCCACUCUAGCAUGGUGCUUGCCACCAGCUACAUGUUCCAGUUCGUUAUGCGCUACGGUAUGAACUCUCCGAGCAUGGCAUACAUUCCGUUCCAUCACCUUCGCGCGAGGCUGGACUUGCUCAUGGCACUCAUGAGCCAGUAUCGGCGUCUGCAAGUACCAGAAGCAGGGAGGGCCCGUGGUGGAAGAGGGCCAACUAACCCGGUUCCAACGGACGCCCUUUUGUUUCUCUUCUUCGCUGGUGCAGUCGUCGAGGAAUCGGAUGGUCCAAAUCGAGUCCAAGCACCACACCAUAUCACGAGGGCUGGCGUGAUCCCUUCACCUUCUCUUGAGCACCCAGGCGAUAUCAUCAAUGAACGUUGGUUUAGUGUGCAUUUCGCCAUGGUGCUACAGCGAUUGAACAUCGAAGCUUGGGAAAACGUCAGACGGGUUUUGAAGAGGUUUGUUUAUGCCGAGAGAAUUUUGGAUCGGUUUUUGCAGGUUCUUGUGACGAGGAAGCUCGAGUUUUUGGCGGCCCUGGUUGUAGGCGUACCGGAUCAUGUUCCUGCUGGUGACUCUGGAGACGCUGACGCUGCUGGCUUUUUCAGAUCACAGGGAGUGGCAGGGUCAGCACGGCAUGGGACGAGUUCUUCGCAACGACAACCUCCACCAUCCCGACAACCUUCCCUUCAGAUGCCCACGCAACAACCAGCACUCCAUCAGUCGACGGGGAUGCCGAUACCCAUGACAUUGCCUGGAGCACCCUCGAGUCCCAAUCUCGACGAGGGUCUUGGUUCCUUGCCACUGCUUGGGUCUGCGCCAGUCUCCCUCCCGGCCGACGUUCCCAACCCAGCAGCUGAUUGGUGGCAAGACAUGGGGUACGACAUGGGGGUUCCGGAAGACUUUUCAAUGGAUUUGGAUAUGCAUUUGAGCAUGGAAACGGGAUUGGACGCGCUAUCUGAUGUGCAGAUGCACGGUGAAGACUUGGGUGGGCAGGAGGAAAUGCAGCCAGAGAAAAGACCCGAGCAAGAUUGA